UAUUUGUUUAGCAUUGGAUAUGCUGCUUUUUAAAGAAAGCAGAAAACAUUUAAUCGGCGUAUACUUUACUCACUCUUGUAUGUUAAAUACAUUUCAGCACUGCUUUCCUCUUUCUAGAUCACAAUAACAUUCAUAUUAGGACAAAACACGGUUGUAAGGUGUGAUGAAGCUGGAAUUGUCUCGAGUGGUUCAGGGAUGUCGAUUGGGAGUUUUGACUGGAUUGGGGAAAACGGGUCAUCAACAGCACUCAUUAGAUGUUCCUGGCUGUUUCCUGUACUCUCGAUGUGCAACUGUACCCCAUCUGACCCAGGACACGUUACACACGUUAAGCGAUCUGCCUUCGGUCACACAAGUUACAGUGGAUAGCCUUGCAGAGCAUCAGGAGGUGCUGGAGGAAUUUAAAGAGGGUGUCAAAAAAUUUGCAGGUCUUCAUAAUACUGCGCUUUUCUGCUCUCAGCAUGAUUCUGCGAAUCCCAGUCCUGCUGGUCACGUCACCAACAAGACAGUGUCAGUUUGGGGCAGCGGCGGACGGAUAGAGCUGACAGUGGCUCGGUUCAUGGCGAUUCAGGCAGCUAUCCAACCUGACUGCUAUCACAGCAUGGCAGACGGAGAGACCUGGCAGGUCAAUACGUCUCGCAAGCGAGUCCGCAAAGCAGUGGACCGAACUCUGGCCCAUCUGGAUGAGUGUCUAAUGUUGCACCAGAAAACCCAGGAAUUAAAGCGGGCAGAGAUAUUUGGAGUUGUGGAGGGUGGAGAUAUCAUGGAGGAGAGACUUCGCUCCGCUCGAGAGACCGCCAAGCGUCCUGUGGGUGGAUUUGUCCUUGAUGGAUUUCAUUCUGCUGCCAUGAACCAGGAUGUGAGAAGUCAGUUGAUUCAAGCGAUAACUGCAGAGCUUCCCCAUGAAAAGCCGAGGUUAAUUCUGGGGGUCGGCUGUCCUGAUGAGGUGAUCAGCUGUGUUGAAGCCGGAGUCGACCUGUUUGAAAGCUUCUUCCCAUUCCAGGUGACGGAACGAGGUUGCGCGCUCAACUUCAACUACACUAUUGAUCCUGACCCUGAGACGGCAGUGCUGGAAUCAAAUGGAGAGAUGUCUGAUGUCAUAAAGCAAAGCGACAACGAAGAUGGAAAAAUGACGCCUUUCGAAAUCAAUCUCAAGGAUAAAAGAUAUCAAGACGAUUUCCGCCCUCUUGUGGAGGGGUGUGGCUGUUACUGCUGUCAGAAGCACAUGAGAGCAUAUGUCCAUCAUUUACUGGUGACCAAUGAGCUGCUCGCUGGAGUUUUACUCGCGAUGCACAACACGGCCCACUACCUCGGCUUCUUCAAAGCACUGCGGGAGGCAAUCGGCAACGACCAUCUGCAAGACUUGAAAGCUAGAGUUCUCCGUCGCAGAGAACGAGAUAUGUAAUUAAAAUGAUUGAAAGACUUUUAGGAUGAGAAAAGAGCUUCUACUUCAAACUAUGAGGGAGUCAUAAGUGCGCUCUGAUUUCAGAGUAUGUAUGUUUACAUGAAUAUAAAGCCGGAUUUUGCAGCGCAUGCCUCUGGCAUGACAAUAAGUGCAAGUAAUACUGCACCUACAACCUACAGACCUUUACGAUUCCCAUUUCAGAGUUAGCCUACGGAUUUGGAUUUUCCAUUUGUUCUGCUUAAUGAACAAAUUUACCUAGGAGGAGUAUUAAUAAUGGAGAAAUUACAUUUUUAAUGGGGUAGGCCUUUUGACCAAGUUCACUCUCUAAAGCUUUGAAGUUUUAUAGCUCACCUGGUUUUCGACACAGAGUUUUUCCGUCACUAUAUUAUUGUAAAAUAUACUUUGUUAUUAUCAUAAUUAUGUUAUUAUAUAGCACACACAAUAUUGUCAUAAAUAGUAAUUUUAUUUCACAAAUUACUUUUAUAGCAAAUCUGGGCAUUUAAUUUUUUUUAUCACAAUACAAAUCUACAAAUCUUGCUCACUGUCUUUAUGAAUGGUCUUUUUGUACUGCUAUUACUGAAAUAGAUUUGUUUUUAUAUUCCUAUCAACUUUGCAGUAAAUUAUAAAUGAAA